GGCUCUUGUGAAUGUCGGGCUUUUGUGGAAGGAGAAGCUUGUGAUAAAUGCAAGCCCCUCUACUGGAACCUGACUCCAGAUAAUCCAUUUGGAUGCACGAGCUGCCAAUGCAACACCAUAGGAACAAUGGCAGGCGUUGCUGAAUGCCAACAGGGUGAUGGACACUGUUUCUGCAAGCCGAACAUUUGCGGCCAAAAGUGUUCUAUUUGUAGAGAAGGUUACUUCAACCUGGAGAGUGGUAAUUACUUUGGCUGUAAAGGGUGCCAGUGUGACAUUGGUGGAUCAGUUGGUCCUUUGUGUGAGGAGACGACUGGAUCUUGCCAGUGCAGGCGAAAUAUCAGGGGACCUGCGUGCUCUGAUCCUGCAAAAGGCUUUUAUAUUCCUGAACUUCACCACCUGAAAUAUGAGCUGGAAGAGGGAACCACACUGGAAGGAAGGCCGGUUCGCUUUGGCUACAGUCCGCUGGAAUUUGAGAAUUUCAGUUGGAGAGGAUAUGCACAGAUGUCUCCCAUCCAGCCCAAGGCAGUGUGAAGUCCCCCUGACCUCUUCUGCCUCGUCUUCUGCUCCACCAACCAGGGGCCUGCAAAAGGGAGGGUCUCAGUCCUUGAGGAAAGAAAGUUUAAUAUGUAUGGCAACUGUACCGAACAGACUAAGCAGAUUGUAUUUGGGCCAACCAAAGAGCCGUCAUUUGUCACCGUUCCUCACCACAGCUUUGGCGAACCAUUCGUGUUGAGUCCUCAUGUUUGGUCUCUGAUCAUUGAAGCUGAAGAUGUCCUCCUUGAUUACCUGGUUCUGCUUCCCAGCUCUUAUUAUGAAGCUCCUAUAUUGCAAUAUAAAGUAUCGGAUCCUUGUACCUAUAGCCCAGCUCCUGAACAAGUGGGUCAAAAUUGCUUCCUAUAUAGGUAUUUGCCUGUGGAGCAGUUCUCCUUUGUGUCAGGCGAAGAUGCUUUGUGCAAGUUGGACAACAACUUACCAAGACCUUGUCCUGCAGAGCAGAUCUUUCCUACCUUCCCCAAAUUGGUGCUGUGUAGUGGCACUCGUGUUGAAGUACAACUGGUAAUUCCUGUCCCCCAGCCAGGGAGAUACAUGCUUCUGAUGGAGUAUGCCAAUGAAGAUACUCCACAGACCACUGAGGUAUCUGUGAGCACCCCACAGAUGGUUCCUCGGCUGGGCGCUCUUAUGAUAUACACCUGCAAAUACAGUUUCCUUUGUCGUGGGAUCGUUGUAGAUUCUCAAAAUCGCUUGGCAGCAUUUGAACUCGACACCGAGGCUAGAGUUCAGUUCAUGGCAGAUCAGGCCCGCUUCUUCCUGCACAAGGUGUACUUGGUCCCAUAUGAGCAAUUCACUGUGGAGUUUUUGGAGCCAAAGGUCCAUUGCAUCAGUGCCCAUGGAACAUUAUCGCUGAACAGUAGUUCCUGCGUCCCAUCAAGAUAUCAGAAGAUUUCACAGUCAGUUGUCCUGGAAGAAGGACAGUCGCUACCCAUAGCUCCAGACUUGCCCCUAAUUCAUGCCAUUGGCAUCCCGCCAGAAGGCGGUCUGCCAGCUUCUGCACCGCAGCCUCCAACUUUGAUUGACACGUCUGCAAAACUCAUUUUCUUAAGGGUGCCUCAGACAGCUGUUGUGCUAAAUGGCCAUAUUCAGAGUCCAGGACGCUAUGCUUUCAUCCUGCAUUGUUAUCAGCCUAGUCACCCAACUUUCCCUGUUGAAGUGUUGAUCAACGGAGGGCGAAUUUGGCAGGGACAAGCCAAUGCCACUUUCUGCCCACAUGGAUACGGUUGCCGGAGUCUGGUGGUUGCAGAAAACCAAAUCGUUCUGGAUAUCACAGAAAAUGAUCUGACUGUAAUAAUCCGUGUGCCAGCAGACCGGCAUCUUUGGGUGGAUUAUAUCCUUGUGGUUCCUGAAAGCAUUUAUGGCUCCAACUAUCUUUUGGAAGAACCCCUGGACAAAUCCUACGAUUUCAUCAGCAGCUGUGGAGUCAACGGUUUCUACAUCAACCCUGUAACUUCAUCCAGGUUCUGCCGGGACUCUGCAAUCUCAAUUUCUCUUUUUUACAACGGGGCCGAACCUUGUCAUUGCCAUGAGGCUGGCGCUGUUUCAAGCCAGUGUGAGCCAUUUGGAGGCCAAUGUACAUGCAAGUCCAAUAUCAUCGGACGAGAAUGUUCCCGCUGUGCCACUGGAUAUUGGGGUUUUCCCAAUUGCCGACCCUGUGACUGUGGAUUUCGCCUGUGCGAUGAAGUGACGGGACAGUGCAUCUGCCCACCACGUACCGUUAGACCAGAGUGUGUGGUCUGUGAGCCCCAAACCUUUGGCUGUCACCCCCUGGUGGGCUGUGAGGACUGCAAUUGUUCUAAUUCUGGGAUCCAGGAUCACACCGAACCAGGGUGUAAUAUAGAGAGUGGACAAUGCCAAUGCAAGCCCAACAUCGUAGGACGUCAAUGUGAUCUGUGUGCCCCAGGAUAUUAUGGCUACCCCAACUGCAGGGCGUGUGACUGCCAUGAAGCAGGGACAAAACCAAGCAUCUGUGACCCGGUCACUGGAGAAUGUCACUGCAAGGAAAAUGUGGAAGGCCCAAGGUGUGAUCAGUGCCAUUUGGGGACCUUCUCCCUUGACGCCAGCAAUCCGAAAGGCUGCACCAAGUGUUUCUGUUUUGGGGCAACCGAUCGCUGCCACAGUGCCAAGAAGUACCGUGUGGAGUUCACUGACAUGAGUGGGUGGACUUUGCUGAGUGGAGACCGACAGGGAGUCCCCACUUCAGUCAGUUUGGAAGACGAGACUGUUCACGCUGAUCUUCGGCAGUUUCCAGACGCUUUCCAGGAACUUUAUUGGCACGCUCCCAGUUCUUACCUUGGAGAUCAGGUCUCCUCCUAUGCUGGAUAUUUAAAGUAUGAGUUGCAUUCAGACAUACAAAGGGGUGAUGUGUUCAUACCGAUGGAAUCCUGGGCUGACGUUAUCCUCAAGGGAAACCAAAUGAGUAUUAUGUUUGUUGAAGACUCCUAUCCCACUCCUGGAGAAGUUUAUAACGGAGAGCUUCAACUGCUAGAGGGUAAUUUUAAACACACUGAGACACACAACCCAGUCUCCAGGGAAGAGCUGAUGAUGGUUCUGGCUAAUCUGGAGCAGCUGCAGAUCCGAGCCCUCUUUUCCCCAAUUUCGUCCUCUGUGUCCCUGCAUCGGGUGAUCCUGGAGAGAACCACAGAGACCCAUGGAAGCGUCCAAGCCAAUAGUGUGGAAUUGUGCCUGUGCCCAGCCAAUUACAGAGGAGAUUCUUGCCAGGAAUGUGCUGUGGGCUAUUACAGAGACACCAAGGGUCUAUUUCUAGGGAAAUGCAUUCCGUGUGACUGCAAUGGGCAUUCGGAUCAGUGCCUCCCAGGAUCUGGAAUAUGCCUUAAUUGCCAACACAACACAGAAGGCGAUCACUGUGAAAGGUGUAAAGAUGGUUUUGUGGGCAACUCUUCACUUGAGGGAAACCUGCAAUGCAUAGGAUGUCCCUGUCCUCUUUCAGUUCCAUCCAACAACUUUGCCACGGGAUGUAUCUACAAAGGCUCUACCACGCAGUGUCUUUGCAAGCCUGGUUAUGCCGGAUUUUCCUGUGAACGGUGUGCUCCAGGUUACUAUGGUAACCCUCUCGUGAUUGGCAGCUCCUGCCAGCCCUGUGACUGCAGUGGGAAUGCUGACCCCAACAUGCUCUUCAGCGAUUGUAACACGUUGACCGGGGUCUGCACAGGCUGCAUGUACAACACCGCAGGGGCCCGAUGUGAAAUUUGUGCUGCUGGAUUUUACGGCGAUGCAGUGGUAGCAAAGAACUGCACCGAGUGCAACUGUCUAUCCUGUGGGACGGACUCGUGUGAUCCUAAAACUGGCCAGUGUCGAUGUAAGCCUGGGGUGACAGGUCAGCACUGUGAUCGCUGUCAGGAAGGGUAUUAUGGCUACGAAACCUGCUUGGGCUGCCAGAGGUGCGACUGUGACAUUGGAUCGGUGAGCCCCAAUUGCCAUGCCCAGAAUGGCCAGUGUGAUUGCGGUCCGGGCGUCAGCGGUUCUCGUUGCCAGCAGUGCUCCCCUGGAUACUGGGGUCUCAGUUCAGAUGGCUGCUCAAAAUGCCAGUGUAAAGGAGGUUCCUGCAACCCACGCACAGGUGAAUGCACCUGUACCAACGGCCUGACAGGGAAGCAAUGUGACACAUGUAUAAAAAAACAUGAGAUCCCGGUGGUGGAUGGUCCAGACAACAUGAGAUGUGAAGCUUGUGAUAGCUGUGUGCUGCUCCUGUUAGAAGAUCUCCAGAAGAUUGACAGCGACUUCCCUGCCCUCGAACAUCAGCUGAAAAGUCUCAACACCACCUCAAUUGCCUGGGCCCGCCUGCACAGCAUCAACGGCUCUAUGCAAACCAUUACCAGUCAAGUGCGCGACUAUCAGAGGUUUAUAUACAAAGUGAGGCAAAAUGCUGAUGAGCUGGAAGAGGAGAACGCGGAUUUUGUUCAGGAUCUGAAUGCACUUCAGCACAAGGCAACAAUGACCCACAGAAAAGCAAACAGUCUGAUGGAUGUUACCCAGGAGACCUUCCAGCUAGCAGAGAGCCUUGUUCGGAAUGUCACUAAAAUUCAAAAUAACAUUAAUGAUCUCAUACAUCUGAUGAACACUUUUACCACAGCCAACACUAGUUCUACCUCUGCAGAAGAGUUUCGUCAGAAGAUAGCUGAGGUUGAUGCUAUGCUGAGGCACAUGAAAGCUAUGGAUUUUAGCUUCCAGAGCGCCAUUGCUGUGGAGGAGCGCGAUGAACUAAAGAGCAAGGAAAUGGAGAAACAAUAUGGCACAAUCCAGGCUACUUUGAGAAUGGCUAAAGAUUCCUUGGGGAAGAUCUCUGAACAUCUGCAGACAAUUAUAAAGGCGAAAGAGGAAUCUGAGAAGUUACUGGCCCAGCUAGAUGGAGCCAGAUAUCCUCUGUCCGAAAAGGUGAAAGAGUACACUUUGGCUAGCAACAAGAUCCAGAAGGUGGAGUUGGCAGAGCAGCAUGCAAAUCUACUAGAUGAAUUGGCACGGAAUCUCUCCAG